AAAACUUAUAGGGAAAAGACUGUCGAAAAAUGUCGCAAAACAACCGGAGGACAAGUGGAUCCAAGUUUACCGGAUGCCCGAAAGCCUCAAAGAUCCGGCAGUUGGAAUCGGCUCUGGAUUAUGCCCACCGUGCUAUUCGAAGCUUGAACAAAGAUCUCAGAAAACUUGGGAUCGAGAAUGAUGUCCUCAGAUCAGGUCUACAGGACGAAAAUCGGGUCCUAACGGAAGAGCAAAGAAAUGCAGAACUCCUUUUCAAAAAGCAGGAUGAAGGCAGGAAGAAGGCCAAGCUGCAAGAGCUGAAGUUGCAGAAAGUAUUCAUACAGCAUCUACUGAAUGCCGUGUUAGAAAAGGUCUUGGCUACAUCAGCCCCAGCACUUGCCGAAAGGUAG